UUCUGUUCUGAACGACAGAUUGAUCUGAUUUCGUAAUAUCCAAUAAAAAUUGUGCUGUAUCGUCUGUACUGUAUACCGAAGAUCGUGAAGUAGAAAUUGUUAGAUUCAUUUUUUUACAACAACUGUACACCAAUUAGUCUUCUUGCAAAUCUGCCUGUUAGCGGCAUUCAUGUUUCCGAAUCACUGCGAUCUGUUUUACAGUAGGUCGUACCGUUCUUGCCGCCAGUGUUUUUUUUUCAGCAAAGUGGUAACAUGUCUGGUGCAAGUUAAAUCAAAAAUUGUGUUGACUGCUUGAUAUCCGGUGAAAUCGUGAUCGCAAAUGAUAAUCGGUUGUUAUUAUUAAAUCCUUCCGCGCUACCUGCGUUACAAGUCGGCAGUUUAAGAUUACUAGCAGGUUGGUGCUAUCGUUCAUAAAUAACAAAGCAGUUAAUUCUGGGUGCAUUUUAUUUUGUUAUUGCGGAAAAUUAUAGGCAGAGGUGAAUAAGUUCACUGUUGCCUGCUCUAUCCAAGACUAGCUCAACGCAGCUCUGACAAAUGGAUUUGACGCACUUUUUUGCCAUUGUUUAUGCUGUUUUCCCAACCGUCAACUGUCUCCUCUAUGGAAGCAAUGAUUCGUUGGGGCCGGUACAGGAGAAACUAGUUUUUCGGAGCGAAGAAAUCCAGUUGAUUCAAGCCAAUGAUACCAUAGACGAUAGCGCGAAUGAAAUUCCUAUGCAAAUGACCGACGGGAGCCUUUUCAUUGAGGAUUCCACUGCGAAGGACUGUGGUGUUGGUCUUAAUGAAACGAUGACAGUGAAUCUGGAUGAUCAAUAUUGUCCACUGCCAAAGGGAACACCCAUGGUUAAUAUAGGAGGUGACUCGGGUCUACCGGUGGAGUACUUCGUUAUCGGUAUGCAUCCGGUCUUUUCGUUUCCGGAUUCCUCGGAUGGCACUUUAACACUGCAACAGCCCAUUAACGCCACUGCUAGCUAUAACGUUUCGGUGGCCGUGACUAGUAUCUGUGGGACUUACGUUCUGGUGACCGUGGUAAUCAACGUGAAAUGCAAUCCAACUGGCCCGACUACGCAACUACCGGUCAGUGCAACUGACUCACCUGCUACAGUUCAUGGGAAAAGUUUUUCGCCAGAUUGUCCACCGCGGCUCGUGUCGCCGAGUGAUGGCACUUUAGUUGUCAAUUGCGUGACACUGGAGAGCGAUCCUAACAUUCGAUAUAUACCGCCAGAUCAUAUUGUAGGAAAAUUGAUUAUGAAAGGAGCGAAAAAUUACUCCUUUUUUCUGCGAUCCAGAAGCAAUUUUGUGGUGUUUAAUAACGGGAGCGUGGCAAUGGGAGGAUAUUUGGCAGGAGACGGGUUUAAAAGCGUACUAUCGCUAAAUAUUACGGACAGUUUGGGUGACUGCGCAGAAUCGCUGUUGGUCGAUGUUUCUGUUCUGGUGGAUUGCUAUCCCGAGCGUCAACGAGACAUUCUGCCAGCUUUUGACCAUUCAUCAACAGAAGUCAGUUCAGAAAAUCGUGUGUCAAGCGAAAGCACAACUCCUUCAACCACCGCUUCCAUGCCGGAUGGUGUUCUCAUGAGUCCAUCGGAACAUGUGGAUCCCACUCCACCCAUGGCCCAAACACCGCUGUACAUCUUACUAGGAAUCCCUCCUGGAGUUGACAUUUGAUUGCCUUACAGCAUUGUUUGUUCUACAAAUCAUCGAGCACUUCACGCUACAACCGUUGUUUAACAGGCACACGGAUCUGGAUUUGUGUUCGAAAAAAUGCUGGAUAUUUUCUUCCAGCAAUGAUAAUCAUUGCAAUUGGAAUUUCUGCAAUUAGAAGUGACCAUGGGCUCUCGAGAUGCAAAUAUUAUUUAUCUAACGUAUAAUUAUAAUAGUGAAAUACCUGAAUUUUUAAAACGAACUAGUUUUAUUGUUGCUCCACUUUAUACCUUAAAAAAAUUUAACAAAGAUUGUUUUAACUUGACGCAAUUACCAGUGCAACAUUAACGGAUUACCUUUCAUCAAAACUUGUGAC